UUGUUUAUCCCUCACAUGAAUAGCAUGUGUUGUGACACCGUGUGUGAGCCCAACAGAAGUCUCUGUUCCGAGAUAACUGCGAGUGUUCUCAGAGUUAUCCUCAUGUCACACGCUUUUUGCACUAUUUUCUAGAUGCAUUAGGCCUUAUAUUUCUCCGUCAGCUGUAAUUAUCGAGGGUUUCUCGGCUUUUGGAACUGCCGCUUCCGGAAAAGCGCACUACUUCGUUUGACAGCACAGCGCGAACGGGUCAGAAAUAUGCGUUCAAAUAUCCAGCAAUUCUUAUUCUUCUUCACAUUUCUCUUCACUGCAUUUUAUGAAGGUGAAGCUGUACGCUUGUAUCUUGGCCGCCCGAAAGGAGGCAUGCUUCAAGCACCUAAAAUUCCACUGGGAUUUUCUGCACCGCCAGAAAACUGGUUCAUACAACGGCUUGAUCACUUCGAUGACUCUAACACCGAAACAUGGAAACAGCGGUUUUAUUACAACGACACUUUUCGCAAGACAAAAGACAGCCCGGUAUUUCUCAUGGUUGGAGGGGAAGGAGCUAUCAGUCCUGUUUGGGUUUUGAUUGGAAAUAUGAUGAAAUAUGCCGAAGGAUUUGGAGCAAUGGCUUUCAUACUGGAGCACCGGUUUUACGGGCAGAGUCACCCAAGAAGUGACAUGAGUGAUGCAAACCUCAAAUACCUAAACAGUGAGCAGGCACUUGCAGACUUGGCUGCCUUUCGACAAGCCAUGUCCGUCAAGUUCAACUUAACAGACAGCAAGUGGAUUUCAUUUGGCGGUUCCUACCCAGGCUCUCUUUCAGCAUGGCUGAGACUCAAGUACCCUCAUCUUAUACAUGGUGCUGUUGCAUCAAGUGCUCCUGUGCUUGCCCAGCUUUACUUCCCCGAGUACCUAGAAGUGGUAACUGCGUCUCUAGAGACGACUGGGCCAGACUGUACCAAGAACAUUGCUAAUGCUACUGCUGUCAUUGAGGAGUUGCUAGAUGCUGAUCAAGGAACCAAGAAAUUGACUGACUUAUUCAGGGUGUGUGAGCCUCUGAACAGAAGAAAUGACAAUGAUGUGUCAACCUUCUCGUCAAACCUGGCAGGACUGUUUAUGGGCGUGGUCCAGUAUAAUAAGGACAACAGGGCCUUUGAGGGCGUACCGGGGACUAACAUCACCAUAGCAACCGUCUGUGGCAUAAUGAAUGACAAGUCCCUUGGCCCCGCCCUGAUGAGAUACGCAAAGCUGAACUCACUUAUCCUUGACACUUAUGGCGAGAAAUGCCUAGACGCCAGCUACCAGAACGCUAUCAACUCCCUCCGCAAUGUAUCAUGGGACAGUAGUGCUGCCGAAGGAGGUCGUCAAUGGACCUAUCAGACUUGUACCGAGUUUGGAUUCUACCAGACCACAGAUUCGGAUAACCAACCAUUUGGGAAACGAUUCCCUCUCAAGUACUCUAUUCAGCAGUGCAUGGACGUGUUUGGGGAAGCAUUCAACAGUUCUAACCUCGCUAGCGGAAUAAGGCAAACCAACACUAACUAUGGCGGCAAGGGCAUCGCCUCGAGCAGGAUUGUGUUCCCUAAUGGGUCUAUCGACCCCUGGCACGCCCUGGGCAUUAUCAAGGACGUCAGCGAUACAGAGCAGGCCGUGUUUAUCCAAGGAACAGCGCACUGUGCAAAUAUGUAUCCGGAAAGCGAUAGCGACUCGCCACAGCUUAAGCAAGCGCGUGAGGUGAUCAAACAGCACAUCGCCAAGUGGCUGAUAAGUGGAUGAGGGAUGAUAAAAAGGUUAGGUGUUAGUGGAGGGGACGUAGACCAGUAAUGUUAGACGGAAACAUUGAUCGAUAGGAUCAUCCCAUCAUCAUUAUCAUCAUCACUAAUAUGAUUAUCAUAAUCCUCAUAAUUAUAUUUACCGCCACAACACCACCGCCAGCAUCACCAUCAUCAUC